GUUGUUGACAUUUGUUUAAGAACAAAACUUAACUUCUUUUAAUAUUAUUUUAAGAAAAAUGGCGGACUACUGGAAAUCAAAUGAGCGUAAAUAUUGUGAUUUUUGCAAGUGCUGGAUCAGUGACAAUAAAGCGAGCAUUUCCUUUCACGAAAAUGGCAAGCGACAUAAGCUGAAUGUGGCCAAACGGAUAACUGACAUUAGCCGCAACAGCGAAAAGUCUGAACAGGAACGUAAAAUGGAUGCUGAAAUACGCAAAAUGGAAGAGGCGGCUAUGCGUUCCUAUGCUCACGACAUACACAGUAGAGGAGAUUUGACUGCGCGCUCCAUAAAUGCUGUUAUGACAGCAGGUGUAGGACCUUCAACAAGUGCUGAGGUCGGUUCCCAUGCAGCUAGUAAUAAUUUUAAACAAGUUGAUCCCAUGCGUUUGGCUGGAAACUCAGAUGAUGAAAAUGAAGUAGGACCUCGGGUGGGUAUACCGAAAGUUGACCAUAGUGCUGUGCCCAAUGCCUCACUAUGGGUAGAAGGUGUAAAUGAUGAGGGCUAUUCAUACUAUUGGAAUGUUAAGACCAAUGAAAGUGUAUGGGAAGUUCCGAAAGAAGGUUAUCUCUCCUGGAAAGAAUAUCAACGUAUUAACGAAUUGGCUGUCAAACAACAGGAAUUACAAGAAGCCGAACAGGCUAAGAAGUUUCGUGAGAAUGUCAAUGAAGAAGUAGCACGCUACAAUCGUGAACGUUUAAAAAUGUUUAGACCUCCAGUUAGCAAGCAGGAACAGAAAGCCGAAGAAGAACGCAAGGAAAGUUUUAAAACCGAAGAAGAAGCUAAAGCACCUGAAAUUGGACAAUGGCAAGUGGUAGAAAACAAACCUCCUCCAGCUCCCAUUGAUUUAGAGUUACCAGCUAUAAACAACUAUUAUGCUGCUCCCGUUGUCUCGGAUGUACCUUAUGAACCGCCAGUUAAACGUUUCAAAGAGAAAACCAUCGAAACAUUAGAUGCAGAAGUUACCAGCAAUACGUCAACUUCAUUUAAAAAGCGUAAAUUUGCAGCGAAAGGAAAUGCACGUAAACGUUUGGAUGAUGAUUAAUAUAUUCCAAAAUAUAAGGAGACUUUAGGUUUAAGGUAAGCUUUAUUACA